AUGGCUACUAUCACCGUUGUUAAGGCUAGGCAGAUCUUCGACAGCCGUGGAAACCCCACCGUCGAGGUCGAUAUCCACACAAGCACUGGUGUCAAGGUUACAGCUGCUGUGCCAAGUGGAGCUUCCACUGGAAUCUAUGAGGCUCUUGAACUGAGAGAUGGAGGAUCAGACUACCUUGGAAAGGGUGUUUCCAAGGCUGUUGGCAACGUGAACGACAUCAUCGGCCCGGCAUUGAUUGGAAAGGACCCAACUCAGCAGACCGCCAUUGACAACUUCAUGGUCCACGAGCUUGAUGGAACUCAAAACGAGUGGGGUUGGUGCAAGCAGAAGCUUGGAGCCAAUGCUAUUCUUGCAGUGUCUCUAGCUGUCUGCAAAGCCGGGGCCGUUGUCAGUGGCAUUCCUCUAUACAAGCACAUUGCCAAUCUCGCUGGUAACCCCAAGAUUGUGCUUCCAGUUCCCGCCUUCAACGUCAUCAACGGUGGAUCCCACGCAGGAAACAAGCUUGCUAUGCAGGAGUUUAUGAUUCUCCCUGUUGGAGCUUCAUCUUUCAAGGAAGCCAUGAAGAUGGGUGUGGAAGUUUACCACAACUUGAAGUCUGUGAUCAAGAAGAAGUACGGACAGGAUGCCACAAACGUUGGUGAUGAAGGUGGAUUUGCACCAAACAUUCAGGAAAACAAGGAAGGUCUUGAAUUGCUCAAGACUGCUAUCGAGAAGGCUGGCUACACUGGCAAG